UCUCUGGCUUUAACUGGGAUCCCCUUUUGUCAAACGUCAGGACUCCUUUGUGCCAAAAACAUGCUGAUCCCACUCAUCUUCCCUCUGUUUGUGUCUUUGGCCUCCUCCACGCAGAAAGACGCUGAUGUACCCAGCCUGAAUGACAUCACAGCGACACAAGCCUUCAUUAACUCGUCUGAUGUGGUGGUCAUCGGCUUCCUGGAGGGAGAGGAGAGCUCCAGCUACAAAGAGCUGGUGGCAGCGGCACAGAAAGUCCAGUCCGUCCCUGUAGCCAUCUGCUCAGAGAAAGAGGUUUGGGUUGAGUACGGCAUCGCCUCCGACACCAUCACACUUUUCAGAAAGGCCGACAACUAUCGGGAGAAUCUUGUGGUUGCUGAGGCUAAGAAGGUAGAAACAGAUGGUCUUGUGAAUUUUUUCACCAUCAAUGAGGUCCGGUACAUCACCGAGUACAACCAAGUGACCGCAGUGGGCCUCUUUAACUCGGCGGUGAAGGUGCAUGUGCUGCUCUUUGCCAACAGGGGCAGUAAAGAGUUUUCAGUCCUCAAGAAGCAGCUGGGGGCUCUGGCCCCUGAGUUUACAGGCAAGUUUCUGUUUGUGGUGAUCAAUGGCUCAGCUCAGUCCAACUUCAAGGCGUUGGGCUACUUUGGCCUGGACUCCAAGAGCCUCCCAAGAGUGGGCAUCUACGACGGGGAGUCGGACAAGAAGUGGCUCAUGCCUGCUGGUGAAAUUACGGCUGAGCGUGUGAGAGAGUUUUGCCACUCGUUCCUGCAGGGGGAUCUUAAGGAUGCGACAAGUGAAGAAGCCCCCAAAUCAGAGCUGUAGGUCUCCAUGGAGCAUGAAAAAUAAAUCGGGAACCUUUCUUAUGAGGAAACAAAGUACCAGUGAAUUUUCUGUCAGGUGUCUGGCCUUGUAGCCUUUGACUUCAUGCGCUG